CUUGAACUCUCUUUCGUUCACGACAACGGUUUUCAUAAAACAGAAGCUGAUUAUUUGGAAAAAAUUCCACCUCUUCUUUUCCUACUGGAGUCCUUAUUUCAUCCGUUUUAGCGUCUAAGCUUCUCUUCCCAUCUUCCCACUCCAGUCAUAAUGCCGCCAAUUCGGACAUCGAGAAAUCGCAAACCGCCGCCAGACGGCUUCGACGACAUCGAGGACACGCUCCUUGAAUUUAGCAAUAAAAUGAAAGAUGCAGAAAACUCCUCUCAUGAGGGCAAAAAGAGACACGAAGUGUUAUGGCCCAUCUUUCAAAUCAGCCAUCAACGAUCAAGAUAUAUAUACGACUUAUACUACGAGAAAGAAGCGAUAUCGAAGCAACUAUACGACUGGUUGCUGAAGAAUAACUACGCAGAUGCGAAUUUGAUUGCCAAGUGGAAGAAGCAGGGCUACGAGAAGCUGUGCUGCCUCCGCUGUAUUCAGACGAAAGAGACGAACUUUAAUUCGACCUGCAUAUGUCGUGUCCCGAAAGCUCAGCUGAAAGAAAAUCAGAAUAUACAGUGUGUGAGCUGCGGAUGUCGCGGGUGCGCGAGCAGCGACUAGAGCCUGCGGAGGUACUCCAGCGCGCUGGUUUAGAGCACAGGAUUUCUAUUUCACUUUAAAGGAUAUGAUAAAUAUUGGAGUCGAGUGUGGAUAUUAUCAUGAUUCGGAUUUUUUUUUUUCUGAUGGAUGUUGAAAGAGUGUUUUGGCAAUGGCGUUUGAGGACGGGAACUAAAUAGCGUAUCAUCCUCGAUGCUUCUAUUGAUAGGAGUAUGAUUCGCAACAAAAUCUCGGAUACCCAAUAUAAAAGCACCAAUAAUUCUUAAAA